AUGUUUUGCUUCAGCCUGUCGGCGAAACGCCAAGGCCGAAGGAUUCGAUUAAAAUUAUUCCAACAAAUUCUUCGACAAGACAUUGGUUGGUUUGAUCAACAAACCAUGGGUGAUCUUAUCACAAAACUGACGUCUCAAGUUGAUCAAAUCGAAACUGGAAUCGGCGAUAGAUUAGGUCGUUUUCUCCAAAACUUGGUUAUGUUUAUCAGCUGCUUUGUCAGUGCCUUUAAUAAUCAAUGGAAACUAGCCCUUGUGGGCCUCUCGACAACACCCGUCAUUGUCAUUGCCUUCACAAUCCUGGGGCUAGGACUGAGCCGCUAUUCCACAAAGGAAGACAAGGAGUACUCGCUUGCCAACAGUAUCGCUAGUGAAGUUCUUGUCUCCAUAAGGACUGUGUUUGCCUUUAUCGGGCAGGAAAAGGAAGCAGCGCGCUAUAAUGCAAACCUUGGGGCAGCCGCCAAGGUUUCACUUAAGAAGAACCUUGUCCUCGGUUUUGGUGUGGGUUUGAUUAGCUUCUCCAUUUUUUCCUCCUCGGGCCUCACCUUUUGGUACGGCAUCAAAUUAAUCACUGAAGGCGACACUAGUGUCCAAGGUGGAACCAUCGUGUCGCGUUCUUUCGUAGUCCUGCUCAUGCGCACUCCCAGAAUGCCUUUGCUAGUUUCUCUUACCAUUCAGGUGGUGCUGGCCUUCCUGGUUGGCAGCAUAGCCCUGGGACUUGUUCUCCCUGAAUUCGCCUUCUUCACCCGCGCAGCCUCUGCGGCCAAGAGCACUUUCUGGAUCAUCGAAAGGGUAACCUUGGCCUUCCACUUCUACUUUUCGUUCGAUGAUAGAGCACGUUCACAGGGGUACAAUCAUAUUCCCCCAAUUGACAAGGACCAGCCUGGCGAAAUUAUCGAGAACUUCAAGGGUCGCAUUGAAUUCAAAAACGUCACGUUUCGUUACCCAACUAGACCAACAAUGACGACCCUGAACAAUCUGUCCAUCAAGGUUCGACCGGGACAAACUGUUGCAAUCGUUGGUCCGAGCGGUUCAGGCAAGAGCACGACAAUCCAACUGAUUCAGCGUUUUUACAAUGCAGAAUCAGGAGAGAUCCUAAUCGACGGAAAAGAUAUCAGAACUUUGGACUUGGUUUGGCUUCGCAAGCAGAUUGGGGUGGUUCAACAGGAACCAACUCUUUUCUCAGGAACCGUUGCUGAGAACAUCGCUUUCGGACUGCCUGGUGCAACAGAACAGGAGAUUGAGGCUGCUGCCAAAAUGGCCGAUGCGCACGACUUCAUCCUAAAACUUCCACAAGUAUUGGCUGCCUACCAAACCUCGAUUGUUGAAGGCGGCGGUGGAAUGUCAGGAGGUCAGAAGCAGCGGAUUGCGAUCGCAAGAGCCCUUAUUCGCAAUCCCAAAAUCCUCCUCCUUGAUGAGGCCACUUCGGCAUUAGACACACGCUCUGAACGCGCCGUUCAAAUGGCCCUUGACAGAGCCCGCACAGGCCGGACCGUGAUAAUGGUCGCGCACAGGCUGACAACAGUUCGCGAUGCCAACAAAAUCGUCGUGAUGGAUAGAGGACAAGUUAUGGAAAUCGGCAAUCAUGACCAGCUUGUUGCUCUAAAUGGCAUUUACGCUCACAUGCUGUCAACACAGGAUAAACCUGACAGCGAAUCGGAUACGGAACGCGAAUCAGACGAGGAGGGAAAUAUCGACCAGUCCCUUGGAAUGUCAAAAGAAGAAAUGCGCAAACGGAAUGUCUGGAUGCGCUCCAAACGCUAUUCUGAAGUUGAAAGUGUUCUUGAAACCCUCAGUGAGACCUCCAGCUCAAUAAAAACUUCCAAAGAGAAGAAUGUUUUGCUUAGAGCAGUCAAACUGAACCGACCGGAAUUUCCAUUCCUCUUUGCGGGGCUUUUCUUUUCUCUUCUAUCCGGUUUGAGUCAGCCAGGUUUCUCAAUUCUCUACUCACAAAUGUUCGGGAUCUUUUCGAUGAAUAACACUGCACAAGAGAAGCUUAAUGAAACCAGUUUCUACUCCGGUAUGAUGGCUUUGCUGGGAUUUUUGCAAUUCGUGGUGCAAGUUCUGUCGGGGGGCGCACUUGGGUAUGCGGGAUCGAGGCUUAUAAAACGAGCCAGAUCCCUACUGUUUAGUGCACUUCUUAGACAGGAAAUUGGAUGGUUCGAUCGCGUGGAAAACAGCCCGGGAAUUUUAACGGCUCGUCUUGCGACAGAAGUCUCGUGUUUAGAGACCGUGACUGGCGUGCAACUGGGUACAUUGAUGGAGGCAAUCAGCCUAAUCACUGCCUCCCUUGUAAUCGGCUUCGUCAACAGCUGGGCAUUGUCUCUGGUCAAUUUAUGCUUUGCGCCCAUUCUUGUCAUUUCCAGUGCACUUCAGAUGAAUCACUUAAAAGCAAGUAUCGGGCGUCACGAAGUAGCAGGUUCUCAGGUGGUUCAAGAGGCCCUCAGCGCGGAAAAGACAGUGACCAGUUUUGGACUAGAAUCGCACUUCUACGAAAAGUUCCGUAAGCGGUCUGCGCCUGCUCCUUCUGCCCGCUACAAGGAGGCAUUAAUGUUUGCUGUGGUUCACUCAAUCGCCUCUUCGUUGCUCUACUAUCAGGCGGGCUCCACCUUCUACGUUGGCGCCGUCCUCUUGUCAAAAGGUCAACUCACCACGCUUGCAAUAUUCCGGUCAUUUGCUGCUUUCAAUUUCGGCAGCCAGGCCCUCGGCCGUGUAGCAUCUUUGGCACCUGGAUUCAAGAAGGCGUCACACGACGUGAGACUGGUUUUCGCCACGAUGGACCGAAAAACGAAAUCCGACGUCAACGCCGGUGACUUUCCAGAUGAACCGUUCGAUGGACGAAUAGAGUUUCGCAACGUCUACUUCCGUUACCCGACUAGGCCUAACACACGGAUUCUAAGACGUUUCAGUCACACAGUGGAGGCGGGGCAGUCGGUUGCGCUCGUGGGCCAGUCAGGCUGCGGUAAGUCCACCCUACUCCAAUUGGUGCAGCGCCUCUACGAUGCGUCCAACCACGGGCCGGACAGCGGUAUUUUCAUGAACGGACGCGACGUUCGUACCCUGGCACCAAACUGGAUCAGAAAGCAAAUAGGUAUUGUCUCGCAAGAGCCGAACCUAUUCGAUCUCACCAUCCGUGAAAACAUCGCCUACGGUGACAACUCGCGCGAAGUGAGUAUGGAGGAGAUCAUUGCCGCGGCGAAAAAGGCCAAUGCUCAUUCCUUCAUUGAGACGCUACCAGAGGGCUAUGAAACAAACGUGGGUCAAGGUGGUUCUCAAUUGUCUGGCGGUCAAAAGCAGCGCGUGGCCAUCGCUCGGGCUAUUAUUCGAGAGCCACGCAUUCUCCUGCUUGACGAGGCAACGUCAGCAUUGGACAACGAGAGUGAACGUGUCGUUCAGGCAGCGCUGGAUGCGGCCAUGGCAGGUGGAAACCGCACAAGCCUUGUAGUAGCCCACCGCCUCACUACCGUGGAGAACUGUGACAUGAUUGUUGUACUUCAGGAAGGCCAAAAGGUCGAAUCUGGUCCGCCCUCAGCUCUUUGUGGUCUCGCUGUCGGAUGUUCAUUUCCGGUAAAUCUGCUCAUAUUUUCGGAUGUUGUGAAUGCCUUCACAAACACCACUGCGUCUCCUAUUGAUGUUAUGCCUCGUGUGGUUGGCAAUUUUGCCCUGCUGGGCAGUGUAACAUUUAUAGUGGCAGCCAUUCAGAUGUUUUGUUUUAGUCUCUCAGCCAGAAGGCAAAGUCGGCGCAUUCGUCUGAUGCUGUUUAAGCAAAUACUUCGUCAGGAUGUACCGUGGUUUGACCGCCAGGCAUUGGGCGACAUCAUUACAAAACUGACGUCAAAUGUGGACAAUAUUGAAACAGGAAUCGGCGAACGUCUAGGACGUUUUCUUCAAAACUUUGCCCUGUUUAUUAGCUGCUUUGUGAGUGCCUUCACAAACAACUGGAAAAUUGCCUUAGUCGGACUCAGCUCAGCACCAUUAAUUGUGUUGGCUUUCUUCGUCAUGGGAUUCACCCUCAGCAACUUUGCUAUAAAAGAACAGAAGGCCUAUUCAAUUGCUAACAAUGUUGCCAGCGAAGUGUUCAGUUCCAUAAAAACGGUAUUCGCCUUCAUUGGUCAGGAGAAAGAGAAGCAACGAUAUCGAUCUCAACUGGGUUCUGCAGCAAAGGUCUCGUUCAAGAAAAAUGUCAUGCUUGGUUUUGGCAUCGGAUUAAUUGGCGGUUCUAUAUUUGGAUCAUCAGGCCUGACAUUUUGGUUUGGUGUGAAACAGAUGGUAGAAAGUGGGUCUCCUGACAGUGGAACCAUCGUUUCUGUGGUUUUGGCGUUCCUGGUGGGAAGUAUUGCUCUAGGCCUGGUUCUGCCCGAAUUCUCGUACUUUACUCGUGCCAAAGCUGCUGCCUCAGGCACCUUUUAUAUCAUCGAACGUAUUCCCGAAAUUGACAAGGACGAACAAGGAAUGGAGCUAGAAAAUAUGCAGGGGAAUAUAGAGUUCAGGAAUGUCACGUUUUCCUACCCAAUGCGACCGGAUAUAGUGACUUUAAAGAACUUUUCCAUGAAGAUAAAGGCCGGUCAGACAAUCGCUAUCGUCGGUCCAAGUGGAUCUGGGAAGAGUACCGUUAUUCAGCUUUUGCAACGCUUCUACGAUCCCAGUGAAGGACAAAUAUUGAUCGAUGGUCACGACAUCCGUGAGCUUGAUAUCAAGUGGAUGCGGCGGCAGUUUGGAGUGGUUUCUCAGGAACCUGUGCUUUUCGCUGGCACAAUCGAGGAAAACAUCAACUUGGGUCGAGAAGAUGCGACAUUCGAGGAAAUCGAGAACGCUGCAAAGCUUGCUGACGCGCACGACUUUAUCAUUGCUCUGCAGGACGCGUACGAAACAAUGAUUGGCGAAGGCGGUGGAGGCAUGUCUGGUGGACAGAAACAGCGACUUGCCAUUGCAAGAGCUCUCAUUCGAAACCCCAAAAUCAUGCUACUGGACGAAGCAACAUCGGCGCUGGACACGCACUCUGAAAGAGCAGUCCAGGAGGCCCUAGACAAAGCAGGUAAAGGGAGGACUGUUAUAAUGGUGGCGCACCGACUGACGACUGUCCGCAACGCCGACAAAAUCAUCGUUGUCGACCGAGGCGUGGUGAAGGAAGUGGGGUCACACGAUGAGCUCGUAAAACUUGACGGAAUCUAUGCUCACAUGCUCUCCACACAGGUCAGUGUCGGCUGUUUAAACUGUCCCAAAAAGAAGAAGGAUCACGAUGAUUCCGACAGCGAACCACAAAGCGACGCCGAACCAGACGCGCCUGCUUUCACACACGAGAAGAAGCGCGGCGUGUGGAGGCGCACAAAGCCCGUCUCGGAGACUGAGAGUGUCUUCACUUGUGCCUCGAGUGAGUCCUCCAUUGCGUCGACAUCGCAGAAUACCGUUCUCUGGAGAGCUUUCAAGUUAAACAAACCAGAGUUCCCGGUUUUAUUCAUUGGCUUGAUCGUGUCAUUAAUUUCUGGGCUUAUCCAACCAGGCUUCUCUAUUCUCUACUCACAAAUGUUCGAGGUAAGCAAACUUGUCAUUUUUAGUCAAGAGGACAAACUGAAACCAACCGAGUUUGUUGCUGGCAUGAUGGCCUUGCUGGGGUUAGUGCGUCUUAUAACACAACUUGUUUCGGAACCCGGUUGGUUUGACCAGGUUGCCAAUCAGCCUGGUGUGCUUACAGCGAGACUCGCGACAGAAGUCUCCAGCCUCGAGACAGUUACAGGGGCUCAACUGGGGUCAAUGAUGGAGGCGGUCUGUUUACUUGUCGCGUCCAUGGUCAUCGCCUUUGCGUACAGCUGGCAGCUCACUCUAGUCAACAUCUGUUUUCUUCCUGUUAUCGUUAUGAAAAACUUUCGGGCUGCCCAAAACAUUCGUGAGGUUGCAGGAUCCCAAGUGGUGCAAGAGUCCCUUUCAGCCGAACGGACCGUCUUCAGUUUAGGCCUUGAAGACCACUUUUACAAUAAAUUUGUUGAAAAAUCAGGCCCCACUAAGAAAACCUUUUCUGCUUUCAACUUCGGCUCACAGGGCCUGACCAGAAUAGCUGCAUUGGCUCCGGAAUUCAAAAAAGCGACCACAAAAAUCUGCUCCGUCUUCGCAACAGUGGACAGAGAGACCAAACUAGACGUCACGGAGGGUGAAUAUCCUGACAAACCACUAAGCGGUUCGAUCGUCUUCAAGAAUGUCUACUUCCGUUAUCCAACUCGCAGACAUGUCAAAGUCCUCCGGCGAUUCAACUACCACGUCCAUGCGGGGGACUCUGUGGCUCUUGUCGGCGCUUCUGGCUGUGGCAAAUCGACCCUUCUACAGCUAGUCCAACGUCUCUAUGAUGUCACGCCUCACGGUCCCAACAGUGGGAUUUUCAUGGAUGGCAAAGACGUCCGCAGCCUGGCACCGAAUUGGAUUCGCCAGCAGAUUGGUAUUGUCUCACAGGAGCCCAACCUCUUCGACUUGACAAUUCGCGAAAAUAUCGCCUACGGAGAUAACUCGAGAGAGGUUUCUCUCGAGGAGAUUAUAGCUGCUGCCAAAGAUGCAAACGUUCACGACUUUGUCCAGUCGCUACCACAGGGUUACGAAACUCCAGUUGGUGCAAGGGGAUCUCAACUGUCUGGUGGUCAGAAGCAGCGAAUCGCAAUAGCCAGAGCCCUCAUCCGCAAACCGAAGUUCCUUCUGCUAGACGAAGCCACUUCAGCUCUGGACAACGAAUCGGAGCGCAUCGUGCAAGCUGCACUAGACAAGGCUAUGGCCAAGAGUGGCUGCACGAGCCUCGUUGUGGCGCAUCGACUCACCACUGUGGAGAACUGUGACGUCAUUGUGGUUCUGGAGGAUGGUCAGGAAUCUGAAAUCGGCUCUCCUGAAGCUCUAAUGGAGGCCAAGGGUGUUUACUAUAGGAUGCACAACGUGGAUGCCGCCGUAAAGAGGCAUUAG